AUGGAUCGAUCGAGAACCGACGAGAUCCUCGACGACGUCGCAUGGGACCUCGACCUGCCAGCGCAGCCCAAGCGACAGCGCAAGCGCUACAUCGACGAGAUCACAGAGCUGCGCGCCAAGGUCGCCGACUACUCGGAGCAACUGGCUGCACUGACGCAGCGCCAAGAGAUCGACAUCAUCUGCGCAACACCGUGGGAGAGCAUCUCGCGGCGACAGGCCAUGGAGCGGAGCGUCGCCGAGCAAGACAAUGCGCGCUUGAAGGACGCGGUCCAAGAGCAGUUGGCCAUGAUCGAGGCCCUCUUGCGCAUCGUGCAGAAGCGGCCGAAGCUCAUGGACAUCUCGUACCUCGAAGACUGGAAGCUGCAGCGCUUGCCGGCCGACCCGACCCAGCGUCGCUUGAGCUUCAACGCCAUGCUUGACGCCGAGUACGACCGCCUUGAGAGCGUCUUCCUGGCCCAGCGCCUGCACGAUGCCACCGAGUCGCGCACGCUCACGCACGUUGGCAUCGACGACGACCAGCUCGUCCUGACGUGCACCAUGGUGUACUCGAUCCACGCUGCGAUGGGUCGCGUCGCUAACGCGCUGUGGGCGACCUUUUCACAAGAAGAGCCCGUGGCGCUCGAGUCAGGCGCGCUCCUGCCGCUAUCGAGCGUCGACGAGGCCACGCGCUAUACCAAGCUGUUUUUGCGAUUUCCCGGCGACGUCGAGCUGCACGGCAACAUGGCUUGCAAGCGCUACGACGAGUCAGCUGCGCGUAUCGCGUUUACAAUGCGCAUCGUUCAUAACGAUGACGUGUACCCGUACCCACCGGAAGUCUACGUCCCCCAAGAGACGGGCUGGUUUGUCGUCGAGAUGGUGGACAGUAACGAGAGCCGCAUCAAGUACUUUAGCCGCGGCCACGUGCCUUGCAAGAGCCACCACGAUGCGUCCCGCCAACGGAAGACCGACGACCUUAGCUUCGCGGCGCUGGCCGAGCUCGUGCUGGCUGGCUACCGCAGCAACAUUCGAACGCUGCAAGCGAUGAUCAACCAACGGCUUUUCGAGCCGAGACUUUGAUUUUCUGUGUAAUUUUGAACUUCUAGCACGGAUCCGUUGCUGGGUACGCG